ACACAUUUAGAUUAAAUAAGAAAUAUUUUUUAUAUUUAUUUUCUGAUUUUACCAUUAAAAAUCUGAUUGAUAAUUGGAUCCUGUUCCAAAACAUAAUUAAUUACCAUCUAAUAGAGAUUGAAUAUUGCAACCGAAAAACAAAACAAAAUAAAAUACUUAAAAAUAAAGAUUGAAAGAAGAACUGCUGUUUUAGAUUUGAUAAAAAUCUAGAUGAACCGAACCGGUAUUGGCCCGCCGCAAUUGCCCCCAAUCCCAAAUCAGAAUGAUCCAGUUAGCAGUGUAGUACUUGAAUCCAAAGAAAAGGCAAAUUAAAUUAAUAAAAAUUUAAAUAUGCUAUUGUUAACAAAGACACAAAUAUACUUCUCUCUGUUUCAAUUUCAAUUUAAAAGGGCUAAUAUACAAUUUCACUUGUUACUCACUGAUUAAUUACUCUUUUUUGUCCCUUUUUUUUCAAAAAAGACAAAAGAAGAAAAUUUGUUUAUCCGGGUCUCACUGUCUCUAUCACUGCUCGGCUUCUGGGUUUGUUUUUGUUUCUGUUUCUGAUAACAUAUAUAUACAUAUAGAAAAAAAAAAAAGGAAACAGAAAAAAAUGGCGGGAAAAGAGCUAGAACAAAGGCUGAUAGAUGAUGGGCAUAAACUCCUUGCUCCCCCAUAUUCCAUUGAUGACCUUCUAUCUAUUCUUGACAGAAUUGAGGUUUCUCUGUCAAAGGUGAAUCAAUCACCACAUGGAUCAAUGGUUGCUGCACUUUCACCUUUGAGGAUUGCUUUGGUUUCUGAUAAACUUUUGAGACAUUCAGAUACAGAUGUUAAAGUUGCUGUUGCCGCUUGCAUUAGUCAGAUUAUAAGAAUAACAGCACCUGAAGCUCCUUACGAUGAUAAAAAAAUGACGGAAGUAUUUCAUCUGAUAGUAGCUGCGUUUCAGAAGCUUUCACACAUGUCCAGCUGUUGUUACUCAAAGGUGGUGUCAAUCCUUGUUACGAUUGCAACAACAAGGGCAGUUGUGGUGAUGAUGGACCUUGACUGUCAUGAAUUGAUUGUUGAAAUGUUUCAACUUUUUCUGAUAAUUACUAGGUCAAACAACUCAGAUGUUGUAUCAGCUGCCAUGGUGGCAAUAAUGACCAUUGCCAUAUUGGAAAGUGAUGAUAUUUCCUUGGAGAUUGUUAAUUCCCUUUUAGUUAGUGUGAGAAAGGAAAAUCAGAAUGUCGCUCCAGCUUCAUGGAAGUUGGGAAAGGAAGUUAUCAAAAACUGUGCUGCGAAGAUUGGACCUUGUAUUUUGAGAACAGUGAAGAGCUUAGGAGUUUCUUUGGAUAAUUAUGAUCAAAUAAUUUAUUCUAUUUGCCAGAAAGCAACCAGUAAUAUAAAGUCUUUUGAUCUCCACAGUUCUGAGGAACGUUUGGGACAAUCAAUGGACUUUCUGGGUUCUGAGUCACUUAAACUCUUUAUGCAGCAACCAGCUUCCACCAAGACUUGUUUGGACCAAUCUGCAAUCCCCUGGAAUUGUGAAAAACAAGAGUCGAAGAACCGCAACUUAUACAUCCCAUUCUCUGAAGACACAUUUCCAGCCAAUAGUGGAGGAGCUAAUGUAUGCAGUGAAACAACAUUAGUGCAAGGCUAUGAAGUGAAGACUAGUCUGGCUGCUAUACUGACAUCCAUAUUUGCCAAGUAUGGUGAUAUUGCUGCUAACUGCCACUAUAAAUCACCGACAAUGAGGGCGAGUUUGCUUGAAACUGUCUGCAAUAUUGUUCAAAGGCUGCAAAGCACUGACAUGCCUCUCACUCUCUCUGAAAUUAAAGUCCUUAAAAAUGAAAUAAAGGACCUGGAGGGUGAGCAGCUUAAGCUUUCAUGGCUAACUCAACCAUUAGAAAAGAUAUCUGAAUUCGAAAAGAUAGCAGAGAUGCAUUCUAUGCUCAAGUCUGUAAAAGCAAAUAGCAUGAUGAUCGUAAAAGCAGCAACCAAGGAGCUGGAAGAGGAACUCACAGAGUUAGUGGCAUUGCAAAAACGGAUGGGGGAGACCGAAAAUCGCAUAAAAGCCAUGAAGCUUGUAGCACGAAAGGUGGAUGAUGCCAUUAAAGAGGCCGAGGAUCAGGACCGUUGCUGGCUAAGGCAGAUUACGCUUCUCUAGUGCUCUCUGCGCAAUCAAAUUAACAAGUAGAUGAUGUGAAAUAUCUAUUUUGUUUUUUUCUUUUCUCCUAGUAGACAUUGAGCCCUCAUGUUCAGCAGCUGAAUUUUGGUAACCACGCAAUUCAACCGAAGUCUAGGCUUGUAUAUUUUUUGGUCUUGGGUUGUUCCUGUGUGGUCGGUCCUUUAGUUCCUGCUAGUUGAAAAUUUAUUUAUUUUUCCUGUGCUGAUGCUUCUUUUAUCAAUUCUAUAAAAGAUCAUUAUUGCAGGAUUAAA